ACCUUACCCUUUUUACCUGAUUUAGUAACUCACGUGAAUAUAUACAUCCAAUCAUGUCGACGUACAGCGGAAAAUGCCAUUGUGGAAACACCGAGUGGUCGGCGGAGUUGGCGUCGGACCAGCAGGGACAUAUUCUGUGUCACUGCGAUACAUGCAAGCUCCUCUCCGGCGCACCUUACACGCUCAACCAAAUCAUCCCCGCCAAGGCAUUGAAUAUCACGAAGGGCAAGGAUCUCGGCAAGUACACGUACAAGGGUGAUUCGGGCAAGGGCGUUCAUUGCUACUACUGCAAGAACUGCACCACGCACGUCUACCACCAGCAAGAAGCCCUCGGCGACGACAAGAUUGUGCUGCGCACUGUGUUGCUGAACGACGGCGGCAUUGGCGCGGGCUUGAAGCCUGCUGCUGAGAUUUAUGGCAAGGCGAGGUUUGGAUGGGAGAAGGAGGUUGCGCAGACCUUUGAGACGAUGCCGCCUUCGUAGAUGUUCUAGUGCUCCAUCGUGUGUAGUAGAUCACACAUGAUGCAAAAGGAAACUUGAACCAUUCAGAAUUUUGCA